AAAUAAACACAUUCUUGUAAUAUUACUUGUAAUACGAUUAUUUUACAAGGUUAGUCAAUUAGACAGUCUUCUGUCUCCCCUCCUCGACCGUGGAUGAUGAAAGUCUGAAUGAACACUCCAGUGUUUCAAGAUGCGUGUAUUGCUGCUUAAAGAACCAAAAGAUGGAGAGUCUGGACCUGAUCCCUAUAUUAAGGAGCUGGAAUCACGCGGACAUAAAGGAACCCUACUUCCGGUGCUGUCUUUUAAGUUUGUGUCAUUAAACACUUUGACAGAUAAGCUUUUCCAACCAGAGAAAUACGGUGGGCUCAUAUUUACCAGUCCAAGAGCAGUGGAGGCUGUAAGGAUGUGUUUGGAAGCGGAUGAAAGAAGGGAAGAAUGGGACAAAGCAGCGAAAGACAAAUGGAACACCAAGUCCAUCUAUGUGGUUGGGAAGGCCACCGCUUCAUUAGUACAGAAUCUAGGUCUGAACCCUUUGGGAGAGGACACAGGGACAGCAGAGGUGCUAUCACGACUUAUUAUUGAACGAGAGGCCACCAAUAUCCCACCACUUUUUUUCCCCUGUGGCUCAAUCAAAAGGGAAGUCUUGCCCACGGCUUUAAGGGAAAAUGGAGUGCCCCUAGAGACACUAACUGUCUAUCAAACAGCAGAGCAUCCCGAUCUGGAGAAAAAUCUAAAGAACUAUUUCACAGAGCAGGGCAUUCCAGCAAGCAUAGCUUUCUUCAGUCCAUCAGGAGUGAAGUUUUGCCUUGAAGUGGUGCGGAGGCUCUCGGCUGAACAGCUGACUCAAAUAAAGUUUGCAGCCAUAGGGCCUACUACACAACAUGCAAUAGCAGCAGAAGGCCUUUGUGUCAGCUGCACUGCAGAAAAGCCAACAGCUGAACACCUGGCGAUAGCGAUAGCUAAAACUCUGCAGUGACCAACUUUUAAAAUCCACCUGCCUCAUUUUGGUGUUUGUUGUUAUUAUAUAUGUAAAUAUGUACUGUUAUUUGUGUGUUUUACUGCUUUACUGCUCAUCUUUAUUGUUGUUGGACACAUGAUUCUGCUAUUUUUGCACUGAAAGAAAAAAGUUAUUUUUUGCAGCACCAGAGCCAGGAAAGUCUAAGAUAAAAUUAUAAUUUGCUUUAUAUGAUGUCAGAAAAUGACUGAGAAAAUAAAAGCCAAUC